CCCCAAACCCAACUCCCCAGCGAAAGGUUGAAAAUUGGAAAAUAAUAAAAUGUUGAGGAGAGGCCUUUUCGAUUGGACGAAAUAUUUCGAUCUUUUCGGCAGAACGAUCACUGCCUUCUCCACAACCAAAGUAGCAGCAACAUUUUCGAUAAGAGCAGCAGCUACAGCAACUAGUAGUAGAAGUAGCAGGGCUGAUCUCAUGGAGAGACACAAUCGGAAUGUUGAUAAACAAAUCACUCGUGUCUUGUUUUGUGGACCACUAUUCCCAGCUUCCCAUGAAUAUACAAUAGAGUAUCUGCAGAAACAUUCAUUUAUCAAGGUGGAUGUUCUCCCUUUGGAAGAUGUGCCAAAGGAAAUUGCAAACUAUCAUGUUUGCAUAGUAAAAAGCAUGAAGCUAGAUUCAAACAUAAUUUCUCGUGCAGUUCAGAUGCAGCUUAUAAUGCAGUAUGGUGUUGGACUGGAAGGUGUUGAUAUUGAUGCUGCAACAAAGCAUGGAAUCAAAGUUGGUAGGAUCCCAAGUGGUGUUACUGGAAAUUCAGCUUCAUGUGCUGAGAUGGCCAUAUAUCUAAUGUUGGGUCUACUUCGUAGGCAAAAUGAACUGCAGAUUUCCAUACAGCAGAAGAAGGUUGGAGAGCCAAUUACUGAUACUUUAUUGGGGAAAACUAUAUUCAUUUUGGGUUUUGGGAACAUUGGGAUGGAUUUAGCAAAGAGAUUACAACCAUUUGGCGUAAAAGUGAUAGCUACAAAGCGGAGCUGGACUUCAUAUGCACAGAACUCUAAUGAUGUAGACGAUCUUGUUGAUGUGAAGGGUAGUCAUGAAGAUAUAUACGACUUUGCCAGGAAAGCUGACAUUGUUGUUUGCUGCCUAACAUUAAACAAACAAACGGCUGGUAUUAUAGAUGACAAGUUCAUAUCUUCAAUGAAAAAGGGUGCCCUUCUGGUGAAUGUUGCUAGAGGCGGUCUUGUGGACUAUGGGGCAGUCGUCAACCACCUCAAAUCAGGCCACUUAGGAGGGUUAGGCACUGAUGUAGCAUGGACUGAGCCAUUUGACCCUGAUGAUCAGAUAUUGAAAUUUAAGAAUGUUAUCCUGACCCCUCAUGUUGCAGGCGUUACGGAACAUUCUUACAGAUCCAUGGCUAAGGUUGUUGGGGAUGUCGUUCUUCAACUUCAUGCCGGGCUUCCUUUGACAGGAAUCGAGUUAGUUAAUUAAACUAGUGCAAAAGGUUCAUUCACUUCCUGACUUGUGCAGUUUAAGGUGCAGAAACAAUUUUAACAUUAUAUAGAAAACUGGGAUGAGACAAUGGUUUCACAUUUGGGCAUCUUAAUCUCUAACGUUAUAGACUUGUUCUUUUGUAGUUGAUUGUGGAAAUCGAAUAAAGGCAAAUAAUUUUCACCA